AUGCAAGUUACUCUCGAGAAUACGUCUGGGGCUCUCCAGAUUGCCAUUUCUAUUUCCGUUUUCCUCUUUGGCAUCGUAACUAUGCAAACACAUCGAUAUUACCAUACAUUUCAAGACGACCGCCUCAUAUUCAAGUUCUUAGUAGCGCUUCUUUGGUGGGCGAAAAUUACUUUCCUAAUCGACGCCUACCUCAUCACUACCCACACAUCCAGGGUUCUGGAGUUUGGUCAAUCGGUCGCAGUGUCUUAUGAGGUCUACAAACAAACAACGAGUACUGUGAUCGUCACUCGAUUCGCGGGUCUCGGUACGGCGUUACUUUUGGGCGGGCUGAUUACGACCUUGGUCCAGACGUUCUUCGCACUCCGCGUCUUUAAACUUCUACCAAAGCCCUUCAGUUACAUCGGCAUUUUUUGCGCUAUGCUCGCGAUAUGUCGGUGUAUCGGAAGUUUUGUUCUAGGUCAUGCCGCCGUACUGACUCACAAUGUAAUUGUCUGGAGGACGCAGUGGAAAUGGCUCAUCACGACACUUUUCAUUUCCGGUGCCUUCAUCGACGUCGUCAUAGCGAUUUCGCUGGUCCUAUUUUUGGUUGAAAAGCGACAGGUAGCUCUUUCGGGAGCCGCCCGUGUCAUCGAUCAGCUUGUUGGGUUUUCAAUCCGGACGGGUUUCCUUACCAGACAUAUGGAUGGCCGCGUAUACUGUUCUGGCGAAACGUGUGCUUCAUCUCCUCAUUUUAUUAACUCUCAACUCACCUCCCGCAAUUUUCAUUACAGUGUACUCCAACUCUUUUCUGUCAGCACUGAAUGGACGGCUCGAGCUAAGGGAAUCGGUGAACGCCUCUCGAUCAGGAACCAGCUCAACCUCAAAGAGCUCUUGGAGAAAUGCACUAGACAUGCGACUACACAGGAAAUGCGUAGUGAGGCUAUCGAGAAUACCAACGAGCGUAAGGAGUUUUGGGACAUGACAACACAUCAAAUCCACAAAAUAUCCUACAUCGACAUCCCCGCCGAAGACCAUGGCAACUUCGACCAUGACGCCAAGCCCAACGUGACAUGUGACACAUGA